AUCCGGUGCAUUUGAAAACAGCCUUCACGAGCUGUGGGUGAUCAGAUCCUCCUCUUCAUUUUCAUCUCCAUCACCACAGCAUCACGGAGAAUCUCUUGCCUUUCUGAAAAGACCUUUAAAUCCCUUUGCAUCCGGGCGAAACUUCCUCUUUCAUUCAACAGUUUUGUGAUGUAUUGAGAGAUUUUGGAAACUUUGGGGAGUUUGAUUGAUUGAUGUUCUGCUGAUACUGGGGUGAAGAUGUCGGUCAGGCGUUUGGCAGCGGCCGCUCUCUUAACACUCACAGUACUGACAUCAGUGAGAGCUCAAGUAAUGCCUCCAUCAGACUUGAGGUUUAAGAUUUUAAAUGAAAACACAGUGCAAAUGAUAUGGAAGCAUCCGCUGUCAAGGACCGAGGGCUUCAGAGUACAAGUGACAUCGGAUACAGAAGAGCCUGUUAAGGAAUUCACACUUCCUCCAACCUCAACCAAAACCUCCAUCAGAGAUUUGACCCCCGAUGUGGAUUAUGUUGUUACGAUAACUUCAUAUUUUGGAUCUGAGGAGAGUAUACCAAUCUCUGGUCAGAUUACAAUCCAAUCAAGCAGUAUUGGAGGAGGUCCCAGGAAACCUCAGGUCUCAAAUUCAGUCAAAUGCUCAGUAAGUGCCAUUGCUGACCUGGUCUUCCUGGUGGACGGUUCUUGGAGUGUCGGGCGGGAAAAUUUUAAAUUCAUCCGCAGUUUCAUAGCAGCCAUGGCAGGCGCGUUUGACCUUGGAGAGGACAAGACUAGAGUGGGUGUGGUUCAGUACAGCACGGACACCAGAACCGAGUUUAACCUUAACCAGUACUUCAAACAGGCCGAGCUGCUCAGAGCCAUUAACAAUCUGCCGUACAAGGGUGGCAACACCAUGACAGGCGAAGCCCUGGACCACCUGCUGAAAAACAUGUUCACAGAGACCGCCGGUGCUCGUAAGGGAUUCCCCAGAGUAGCCGUAGUUAUCACAGAUGGGAAAUCUCAGGACCCUGUGGAGGGUUACGCCAAGAGGUUGAAGAAUGCUGGAGUUGAAAUCUUCACUUUGGGGAUCAAAGAAGCAGAUGAGGAAGAGUUGAAACAAAUGUCUUCAACGCCCUACAGAACACACGUGUACACUGUGCCAAACUUCGAUAUGAUCAAAGCUGUGGAGAAAUCACUAAUCACGCAGGUGUGCACCAGUGUGGAUGACCAGCUCAACUCGCUGGCUAGCGGCGAGGAAGUUGUUGAACCAGCUUCAAACUUGCAAGUCACAGAGGUUGCAUCCAAGUCAAUGCGGGUGACGUGGGAUGAAUCUAUAGGGGAAGUGAAUGGAUACAAGGUGCAGAUGGUUCCCAUGUUGGCUGGGAGCAAACGCCAAGAGCUGUACGUUGGGCCAACUCAGACCUCUGUGAAUGUGAGAGAUUUGUCCCCUGAUACAGAGUACGAAAUCAGCUUGUUUGCACUCAAAGGUCUGACACCUAGCGAGGCAGUUAUGGCGAUGGAGAAAACCCAGCCUUUAAAAGUAUCAUUAGAAUGUUCUCUUGGUGUGGAUGUACAAGCCGACGUUGUUCUCCUGGUCGACGGUUCCUACAGUAUCGGUCUUGCAAACUUCGCUAAAGUUCGAGCUUUCUUGGAAGUCCUGGUCAACACCUUUGACAUUGGGUCAGAAAAAGUUCAAAUCAGCUUGGUCCAGUACAGCAGAGACCCACACACUGAGUUCUACCUAAACACCCACCACGAUCUGAGCGCUGUGGUCAAAGCCGUGAGAACGUUCCCCUACCGCGGUGGCUCCACGAACACCGGCAAAGCUAUGACGUAUGUGAGAGAGAGGAUUUUUAUUCAAACCAGAGGUGCUCGAGCGAAUGUACCUCGUGUUACGAUUCUGAUCACCGAUGGAAAGUCCUCGGAUGCUUUCAAAGACCCGGCGGCUAAGCUUAGGAACACGGAUGUAGAGAUUUUCGCAGUGGGCGUGAAAGAUGCUGUCCGGUCUGAGCUGGAGGCGAUUGCUAAUUCUCCAGUGGAGACCCACGUGUACACCGUAGAUGACUUUGAUGCCUUCCAGAGGAUUUCCAAUGAGCUAACCCAAUCCAUCUGUCUCAGAAUUGAGCAAGAGCUUCUGAACAUCAAGAAGAGAAGUCUGAUUGCACCCAGAUCUCUGACCUUCUCAGAGGUGACCUCCAGAAGUUUCCGAGCUUCUUGGGUAACAGAUGCCGUGGAUGUGCAGUCAUAUCUGGUGCAAUACAAGCCUGAAGCUGACACAGAAGUGGGCUACAUCUCCGUCUCUGUGCCGGGAGAAACUACUACGGCCGUCUUACAUCACCUUACUCCAGUCACAAAGUAUGAAGUCAAGGUUUACGCUCAAUACCAGAAGGGAGAAAGCUUUCCUCUAUCAGACUUUGAGACCACACUAGAAGAACAAGGAUCCGUGAACAACCUGAGGGUGUCCGAGGAGACCACAAGCAGUUUCCGUGUCUCAUGGGGGGCGGCUCCUGGUCCAGUAGUGCGGUAUAGACUCACGUAUGUUCCAGUCCAAGGGGAUAGUGGGUUGCUAGAAACUGCAACAGUUGGCCCCGAGACCACCAUCGUUCUGCAGCAACUUUACCCAGUUACGACAUACCGUGUCUCUGUGGCAGCCGAAUUCCCAUCAGGUGUUGGACCUCAGAUGCAGAUUGAUGGAACAACCAAAGAAGAAUUGGGUUCACCGAGAGACUUGAUAACCAGUGAUGUGACCGACUCCAGCUUCAUGGCGUCAUGGACGGCCGCUCCAGGAAGAGUGAGGCAGUAUCGUGUUCGAUGGAGGUCUCUGUUCUCUGGGGAGUCUGGGGAGAAACUGGUGCCUGGAGAUGUGACCAGCACACUGUUGGAGAACCUCACCCCUGAAACACGCUACCAGGUGUCUGUGUUCGCAUUGUAUGACAGCGGCAGCGGAGAACCACUUGUGGGAGAGGAGACCACUGAUGCAUCUGCAUCUGCCAAGGCUUUAGUGGUGUUUGAUGAAACCGAACGAACCAUGCGUGUGACAUGGAAAGCCGCUCCAGGCCCCGUGGUCAGCUACAAACUCACUUACGUCUCUCAGGUCAGCGGUAAAGAGAUGACGAUGAAGAUCCCAGCCAACAUCACCACCACCAUGCUGAGAAAACUGCAGCCCCUGACCACCUACCUCAUCACCGUGCAUCCCAUUUACAAACGAGGAGAAGGAAAAGCAAGGCAAGGAGUAGGAACCACACUGUCACCAUAUAAAGCCCCAAGAAACCUACAGACCUCUGAACCCACCAAAACCAGUUUCCGUGUGUCCUGGGACCCGGCUCCCGGUGAUGUACGAGGGUACAAAGUCACUUUCCAUCCCAGCGGAAAUGAUAUUGAUCUAGGAGAACUUCUUGUUGGACCAUACGACAACACGAUUGUUUUAGAGGAACUCAGAGCUGGAACUAAAUACUCCGUGGCUGUUUUUGGCAUGUUUGAUGGAGGUCAAAGUAUGCCGUUGGCCGGGGAGGAGAAGACCACCCUUUCUGAUACACCUAUCAACGAAACACCUGUUGACUUCUCCGAUGCUCAGUGUAAAACCACAGCCAAGGCUGAUAUCGUCCUGCUGGUUGAUGGAUCCUGGAGUAUCGGCCGUUUGAACUUCAAAACCAUCCGGGCUUUUAUUGGUCGCAUGGUGGGCGUCUUUGACAUCGGCCCUGACAGGGUUCAAAUCGGUUUGGCUCAGUACAGCGGGGACCCCAAAACUGAGUGGCAUUUGAACGCUCAUGCAACCCGUCAAUCUCUGCAGGAUGCUGUUGCCAACUUACCCUACAAAGGCGGAAAUACAAUGACGGGUAUGGCCUUGAACUACAUCCUCCAGAACAACUUCAAGGCAAAUGUGGGUAUGAGACCCGAUUCUCGUAAGAUUGGUGUCCUUGUUACCGACGGCAAAUCUCAGGACGAGAUUGUAGUGAAUUCUCAGAAACUGCGUGACUCUGGCAUUGAGCUCUAUGCCAUCGGUGUGAAGAAUGCAGAUGAAAAUGAGUUGCGAUCCAUUGCCACCGACCCUGAUGAUAUUCACAUGUUCAAUGUCAACGACUUCUCCUUCCUGUUGGACAUUGUGGACGACCUCACUGUUAACCUCUGCAACAGUGUUAAAGGCCCAGGCGGCGGCCCAGGGACACCCACUGACCUUGUGACUUCCGAGGUCACACACUACUCUUUCCGUGCGACCUGGAUGCCACCUGACGAGCCAGUGGAGAAGUUUCGCAUCGAGUACGUCCCCGCCGCUGGAGGAAAUACUGAAGUGAUGUUCGCUGAUGGUGAAGAAAACACAGUUGUCCUGGUCAACUUGACCCCCAUGACCGAGUAUGUUAUCAAUGUCUAUUCAGUGAUUGGUGAGGAGAGCAGCGAGCCUUUGAAAGGAACCGAAACCACAUUGCCCCUACCUGCUGUUACCAGUAUGACUGUGUACGACGAGGCCCGGACGUCCAUGCGGGUCAGAUGGGAGUUAGUUGGCGGGGCCAGCGGGUAUUUGCUGAACUACAACACCAUCAACGCCAGUGUGCCCUCUGGAAAAUUGGAGAUGCGAGUUGGUGCAGAUGUGAAUGAUGUCCAGUUAUUGCAGCUGCUUCCGAACACGGCGUACUCAAUCUCCUUGUUCGCUCUACACGGAGCGACGGCCAGCGAAGCCCUCAUCGACAGAGGAGUCACUCUUCCUCUGCCUCCAUCGGGUGAGUUGAGAAUCUCAGAAGUGACUCACAGCUCCAUGCGUCUAAUCUGGGAUGCAGCUCCUGGAAACGUCAGGAAGUACAUCAUCACCUACAAGCCAGAAGACGGAGAGCUGAAAGAGGUUGAGGUCAACGGUGACAUCACCACCCUGGUUCUCACCAACCUCCGCUCUCAGACGGAGUAUGAUGUUGCUGUCACUCCCGUGUACGACGAGGGUCCAGGAAAUCCCAUGCUUGGCAGUGCAAUAACUGAUGUGGUUCCUGCACCCAAGAACUUGAGGUUUUCUGAGGUGGACCAGACUUCAUUCAAGGUCACAUGGGAACAUGGAGCUCCAGACGUCGCUUUGUACCGCAUCGGUUGGACCAAGAAGGGCGAGAACAAAUUCAAAAAUGAUAUCCUGAGUCGUGAGGAGACGAGCCAAGUUCUGACAGAAUUAGACCCAGACACGAUGUAUGACGUCACUAUCACAGCCAUCUACGCCGAUGAGUCGGAGAGCGAGGAUCUGAUGGGGAGCCAACGCACAUUGCCCACUGGACCACCACAAAACCUCCAGGUCUUCAACGCCACCACUACAACACUAACGGUGAAAUGGGACCACGCGCCAGGCCCCGUCCAGAACUACAAAGUCACCUACCAGACCGUUGCAGGUGGAAAACCGCUGUCUGUUCAAGUUGGUGGAAAAAAGAACAGUGUCAUUCUCCAGAAGCUGAACCAUGACACCCCUUAUUCCAUUACCGUGGCUGCCGUCUAUCGCACUGGAGAAAGUAAAGAUAUUUCCGGCCAAGGAAAAACAAAAGCCUUAGGAGGAGUGAGAAACCUACAGGUUGUGAACCCCACCAUGACCACACUGAACGUUCGCUGGGAGCCAGCGGAAGGAAAAGUGAAGGAGUAUAAGGUUGUCUACGCACCUGCAGCUGGUGGUGCCGAAAGCAUGGUAGGACUGGAGCAGGUAUCAGGAACCACUACCACCACAGUUCUGAGAGGCCUUCAGUCGGACACACUUUACACCGUGACCUUAAUUCCUGUUUACGCAGAGGGAGAUGGCCAGAGAAUGUCCGAGAAUGGAAAAACAAGGGCUCUGGGUGGUGUGAAGAACCUGAGGGUCACCGACCCAACCAUGACCUCUUUGAACGUCAAAUGGGACCCCGCAGACGGGGCCGUGCGCCAGUACAAGAUCUUCUUCGUUCCUGCAGCUGGAGGAGCUGAGGCAAUGGAACAAAUACCUGGAGCCCAAACAACCAUAGUUCUACGAAACCUGCAGCCUGAUACUCCAUACAUUGUAUCCGUGGUUCCAGUGUAUCCCGCUACAGAGGGCAGACGCCAGUCUGAGAACGGAAAGACAUUACCUCUUGGAGGUGUUCGAAAUCUCCGUCUCAUUGAUCCCACCUUCACAACACUCACUGCCACAUGGGAAGCUGCUGAUGGGAAUGUGCAGGGCUACAAAGUGGUAUACGUGCCCACUAACGGAGGAACUGAGCUCAUUGAACAAGUGUCUGAGAGCACCACAACAUUAGUGUUGAGCAAACUCAUGCCAAACACAAUGUACACCGUGAAUGUUUUGCCAGUGUAUGCUGAAGGAGAUGGACCUCAACUCUCAGAAAAGGAAAAGACUAAACCUUUGGGCAGCGUGAGGAACCUGCAGGUUACAGAUCCAACUAUCAGCACCUUGAACGUACGCUGGGAGCCCGCAGAAGGCAGUGUGCGGGAAUACAUUGUCAUUUACCUUCCUGCCGGUAGCCAAGAUCAAGAAGUGGAUCAAGUGUCUGGAACAACCACCUCAACUGUUCUGAAGAACUUGGAGCCUGACACGACCUACACAGUGACUCUGGUGCCAGUAUAUCACGAAAUGGAGGGCAAACCUCUUUCAGAAAAUGGAAGAACAAAACCACUGGGUGGAGUUCGCAACCUUCAAGUUACCGAUCCCACCAGCAGCACCCUAAACGUGCGAUGGGAGCAUGCUGCAGGAAACCCUCGAAAUUACAAGGUUUUCUAUGUCCCGCAGCCUGGAGACGCUGAGAAGAUGGAACUAGUUUCCGGUGGCACGACAAGCACCGUCCUGCGUAAUCUCAAUGCUAACACGCUGUACAAGGUCACAUUGUUGCCCAUGUAUGAAAAUGACGUGGAAGGAAAGCGUCAGUCAGAAAAUGGAAAGACAAAACCUUUGGGAAGUGUGAAGAACCUCCAGGUGACAGACCCAACUGUAAACUCUUUGAGAGUGCGAUGGGACCCUGCAGAUGGAGAUGUUCGUCAGUACAAUCUCAUCUACGUGCCUGUUGCCGGAGGUGCUGAAAGCACGGCUCAAGUGUCAGGAGUAUCCACCAAUACUGUUCUGAGAAACCUGCUGCCAGACACGGAGUACAGGGUCACCGUAGUACCAGUAUAUCCAGAUGCCGAAGGAAAGAAACAGUCUGAGAAUGGGAAAACAAAGCCUCUGGGUGGAGUGAAAAACCUGCAGGUCACUGAUCCCACAACCAGCUCAUUGAAGGUGCGCUGGGAGCCUGCUGAGGGUAACGUCCGGCAGUAUCGAAUCUUCUACGUUCCAGCAUCUGGUGGUGCAGAGGACAUGGAGCAAGUUUCUGGAGGCACCACCAACACCGUCCUAAGAAACCUUCUGUCAGCCACGGUCUAUACCGUGACUGUGGUUCCUGUUUAUCCAGAGGGAGAGGGUCUCCGGCAGUCUGAGAAAGGAAAGACACUUCCAAGAGUCCCACCCCGAAAUAUCCAGGUCUACAACCCAUCUCCCAACACUCUGAACGUGCGCUGGGAACCCGCCUCGGGUCAGGUGCAGCAGUACAGGGUCGCCUACGCCCCGCUAAGUGGGAUCCGGCCUCUUGAGUCUGUUCUCGUUCCUGGCAACAUCAUCAAUGCUUUCCUAGAUCAGCUCAUCCCGGAUACUCCGUACUCUGUGAAUGUGAUGGCAGUAUACGCUGACGGAGAAGGCCCGGGAAUUGACGGAAAAGGAAAAACAUUACCACGAGCUGGACCCAGGAACAUGAGGGUCUUCGAAACCACCACAAGCACGAUCAGCAUUGGCUGGGAUCACGCCGAGGGUCCCGUGCAACAAUAUAAGAUCACGUAUGCUCCUUUGACUGGAGAUCCCAUCACAGAAUUUACUGUUGUUCCUGGCAACAGAAAUAAUGCUAUCCUUCAAAAUCUGCUUCCUGACACCCCAUACAACAUCACCGUUUCAGCAGUUUAUCCCGAGGGACCUGGAGGAUCCCUGAACGGAAAUGGAAAAACACUUGACCUGCUGGAACCUCAGAACCUGCGAGUCUCAGACGAGUGGUACACGCGCUUCCGUGUGUCCUGGGAUCCGGUUUCAGCUCCGGUCAUGGGUUACAAACUAGUCUAUCAACCAACAGAUAGAGACGAGUCUUUGGAGGUGUAUGUUGGUGAUGUCACCAGCUAUACCCUACAUAACCUGCUUCCUGGCACAACGUACGACGUUCAGGUGUUCGCCCAAUAUGAUGGCGGUGUCAGCAAACCUCUCACGGGACAAGGGACAACAUUGUACCUCAAUGUGACCAACCUUGAGACAUACGACGUUGGCUAUGACAGGUUCUGCAGUAAAUGGACGCCUCACCGUGCCGCCACGUCUUACAGAAUCAAGCUGAAUUCACUGGACCCGGCAGCUAAAGGUCAGCAGGAGAUCACCAUCACUGCGGGUCAGAGUCAGUUCUGUUUCGAAGGUUUGAGUCCGGAGUCCCUCUACAGCGCCACAGUGUUUGUCCAGACACCCAAUCUAGAGGGACCCGGAGUCAGUGCUAAAGAACGCACCCUUGUUAAACCAACACCGGUGCCAACAAAGCCACCCACUCCUCCACCACCACCCACUAUUCCACCCGGCUGGGCGGUAUGCAAAGGAGCAAAAGCAGACGUAGUGUUCCUCAUCGAUGGCUCCUGGAGUAUCGGAGAUGAGAGUUUCAGUAAAGUGAUCCAGUUUGUCUCCAGCGUCGUUGGUGCCUUCGAUGUUAUCGGCCCAUCAGGAAUGCAGGUUUCAUUCGUGCAGUACAGUGACGAUGCAAAGACUGAGUUCCGGCUCAAUGCGUAUAACGAUAAAGGCACCGCGCUCUCUGCUCUGAAACUCAUCCGUUACAGGGGAGGAAACACAAAAACAGGUGUGGCUCUGAAGCAUGUGAAUGAGAAGGUCUUCACGCUAGACAAUGGAAUGAGGAGAAACGUACCGAAGGUCGUGGUGGCCGUAACAGAUGGACGUUCUCAGGAUGAAGUGCAGAAAAAUGCUGCCAAGCUACAGCACGCUGGUUACAGUGUGUUUGUUGUUGGCGUGGCUGAUGUGGACUUCGUCGAGCUGCAGAACAUUGCCAGCAAACCAAGCGACCGUCACGUCUUCGUGGUGGACGACUUUGAUGCCUUCUCCACCAUUCAGGACAACCUGGUCACGUUCAUCUGUGAGACUGCAACAUCCUCCUGUCCAUUGAUCUAUGUUAAUGGAUUCACAUCACCAGGAUUCAGAAUGCUGGAAGCUUUCAAUCUGACUGAGAAGAUGUACGCUAACACCAAGGGUGUCUCUAUGGAGCCUGGUUCCUUCAACAGCUACACUGCCUACAGGCUCCACAAGAACGCUUUCCUGAACCAGCCCUCAUCAUAUAUUCAUCCUGAUGGCCUUCCUUAUACAUACACUAUCAUUUUGAUGUUCCGACUGUUGCCGGACUCACCGAACGAGGCCUUCGAUAUCUGGCAGGUGUCAGACAAGAAUUACAAACCUGAGACCGGCGUCACCAUCGACCCAUCCGCCCAAACUGUGUCAUUUUAUAAUAAGGAUACAACAGGAGAGAUCCAACGAGCCACGUUUAAAAAUGAUCAAAUCAAGAGGAUCUUCCAUGGAAGCUUUCACAAGCUCCACAUCCUGGUGUCUCCCAAGAGCGUCAAGCUGAACGUGGACUGCCAGGAAGUGGCUGAGAAGGAGAUUAAACCAGUAGGAAACACAUCGACGGAUGGAUUUCAAGUGCUCGGCAAAAUGUCCAAAUCUAUCGGAUCUAAAGGAGAAUCAGCAACAUUCCAGCUCCAGAUGUUUGACAUUGUGUGCAGUCUCGGCUGGACCAGCAGGGACAGAUGUUGUGACCUUCCUUCAAUGAGAGAUGAAUCCAAGUGUCCAUCUCUUCCCAACGCCUGCACAUGCACCUCAGACAGCACGGGACCCCAGGGGCCUCAGGGGCCAGUGGGUGCUCCUGGAAGCAAAGGACCACGAGGGGAGAGAGGAGAAUCCGGUCAAGCUGGUCCAAUCGGCCAACGUGGAGAUAUGGGUUUGCCUGGUCCGAUGGGCCCUCCAGGACCACAGGGCCCUAGUGGGCACUCCAUCCCGGGCACGGCUGGUCGUCCAGGUCCAAAGGGGGAUCCAGGCGAUGCUGGUUUACCUGGACAGAAAGGUCCACCGGGACCGGCUGGUGCCAUCGGGCCUAUUGGACCGGCUGGAAUACGGGGACCCCCAGGGAAGGAGGGGCAGAUGGGAUCCACGGGCCCACAAGGACCUAUGGGACCCCCAGGAGCCCCUGGAAUGCCAGGACCUACUGGAAAGCCUGGAAAGAAUGGAGAUACAGGUGUCCCGGGACCUUCUGGGGUUAAAGGAGACAAAGGAGAGAGAGGAGACUUUGCGUCUCAGAGCAUGAUGCGAUCUAUUGCCAGACAAGUCUGCGAACAGCUCGUGAACGGACAAAUGGGUCGAUUCAACGAAAUGCUGAACCAGAUCCCCAACAACUAUCACAGCAACAGUCCAGGCCCCUCUGGACCCCCUGGACCUCCCGGACCCGAGGGAUCACGUGGAGAGCCCGGUCGGAUGGGCAGGAACGGCCUUCCCGGUAGUCCAGGGUUGCCUGGUCGGCAGGGAGAACGAGGACCAGCUGGAGAGAAAGGAGACAGAGGAAGUCCAGGCCUCGGAGAGAGAGGACAGAGAGGAGCCUCCGGACCACCUGGCUCACCAGGUGAGUCCAGAACCGGCCCUCCGGGUUCAAGCGGUUCUCCAGGCAUUCGUGGUCCGCCCGGUCGCAACGGUGUCGCCGGUGUACGUGGUCCGCCCGGCCCGCCUGGCUACUGUGACUCCUCUCAGUGUGUCGGUAUGCAAUAUAACGGACAGGGUUACAGAGAACAGUUUCCACCUGAUGCCGAGCGCAUAGACCCAAUCCUAGAAGAAGACUUUGAGAUUUCACCAAACCAACGACGCAAGAGGUCAUUGCCAGAGACGGGAUCUGAAAGGAAAGCGUGGUAAAAGAAGGGGAAGUUGACUGGCUCAUGUUAUUUGUUUGUUGACGUUCCGACGGCCUGUACAGACAAUUUAACCCUUCGAACCUUGUGUGAAUUCAGCAGAUCAGACGCAUGAAUCUCCUAAUGUAACCUCAUAGCUUCUUUCUCUUCCACUUGUACUCCAUCGCUUGUAAAAUCGCAUUGAAUGUGUCACACAUCGCAGCGUGCAGUUGAAAGGUGUUUGAUAAUUUAUUAACAUUGAAGGGUUUCCAAAGAUCAUCGCCUCUUUCAGCUAUCUGCAUAUUCACCAAUCAUCAUGUAUGUCUCUUAUGAAUACACAUUAGUUAUCCAUUUCUGUCUGCGUUCACAUGAGAGAUUGUCUUUUUUGUUAACAUCUGCAGUAAAACAUGCCCUUCAUCACAAUAUUAUAAAUCAGAUAUUGAUCAAAUUGGAUGAAUGUUUGAUUGAACCUCACAGCUGAUUUUACCAAAGGUGGAAUUGCAUGUCUGUGCUGUAUAUUAUGUUUUUUUUUUUUUCAUUUUCAUUUGUAGUUGUUUGUUUUCCUUUUUUAAUCCAGAAUAUAGUUGUUGUAAUUGUUGUUUUAUCAAUAUCAAAUGCAGUUUUGGCAUUUGCGUGCAAGACUAUAGAUAUAGUAUUGCUGCUUCAUGUUUGCAACUGCACAUUGUGAAUUCCACAGCCUUAUUUUCUUAUUUAUUUCUGAAACAGAGGAGGCAUUUUUCAAUAAAACUACUGAAAAUA